ACUGUGCACCAUAGAGACCAAUAUCGCGUCCACUACAAUGGUUUAAGUGCGUAACAUGUUUGUUAUUACAUUUGUCAUUAAACUUUAUCCCGGUCCUGUGUGUAAAAUUGUCCACUUAGUUUAAUAUGUUCAAUGCUGAUGCAAUUUAGAUGACGCAUUACAGACUGCGUAGUCCCUCCCCUAAACUAGCCGGGCCAAGUCUCCAUCUACUGCAUGGUACAGGAGCUUGACACACGCUUAUUCAGUUCGGUAGAAACGACGCGAACGAGUCCUCAACUGUGAUUCUCUUCUGUGGGGCCGUUUUCGAGUGUGAUUGGUCCGUUUUAAAGUUUACAAGAUGUGCGGCAUAUGGGCGCUAUUUGGCAGCGAUGAAUGCCUUUCGGUCCAGUGCACCAGUGCCAUGAAGAUAGCGCACCGCGGGCCGGAUGCGUUCCGCUUCGAGAAUGUCAACGGCUACACCAACUGCUGCUUCGGCUUCCACCGGCUGGCUAUCGUGGACCAGCUGUACGGCAUGCAGCCGCUGCGGAUCAAGAAGUUCCCCUUCUUGUGGCUCUGCUACAACGGCGAGAUCUACAACCAUCACAGACUGAAGGAUGUGUUUGAGUUUGAGCACCAGACUAAAGUGGACGGAGAGAUCCUACUGCACCUGUAUGAUCGCUUCGGCAUCGAAAAGAUGGCGUCUCUGCUGGAUGGAGUGUUUGCCUUCGUGCUGCUGGACACGGCUAACAAGAAGGUGUUCCUGGGCAGAGACACGUAUGGCGUCAGGCCCAUGUUCAAACUGCUCACCGACGAUGGCUUCCUUGCAGUGUCCUCCGAGGCCAAAGGCCUGACUGAGAUCACCCACUCCAUGGCUUCUCAGGUGAGGGUGGUGCCCUUUCCCCCGGGACACUUUGAAGCGUUCAACCUGAAACUGUCGGGGAAGGUGGAGUCCAUCCAGAUGGACCAGUUCCACAGCUGUGUGGACGAGCCGGCCCACAGCAUCUACGACAGCGUGGGGAAGCUGCCCUCAGGCUUCCAGCUGGAGACGGUGAAGAGCAACAUCAGGACGCUGUUUGAGAACGCCGUCAAGAAACGCCUGAUGGCCCACAGGAGGAUCGGCUGCCUCCUCUCAGGUGGCCUGGACUCCAGUCUAGUGGCGGCCACACUGGUGAAGUUGGCCAAGCAGGAGGAGUUGAAGUACCCCGUCCAGACCUUCGCCAUUGGCGCUGAGGACAGCCCUGACAUUCAGGCCGCACGCAAGGUGGCUAAAUACAUAGGCAGUGAACACCACGAGGUCUCCUUCACCCCUGAGGAAGGGAUCAAAGUUGUAAAGGAAGUUAUCUUUCAUCUGGAGUGCUAUGACAUCACCACCAUUCGCGCCUCCGUAGGCAUGUACCUGGUGUCCAGGUUCAUCCGUGAGAAGACAGACAGUGUGGUCAUCUUCUCCGGGGAGGGGGCAGACGAACUCACUCAGGGAUACAUCUACUUCCACAAGGCUCCAUCCCCUAAAGCAGCAGCUGAAGAAAGUGUUCGUCUGAUGAAGGAGCUCUACUUGUUUGAUGUGCUGAGGGCAGACCGCACCACUGCUGCUCAUGGGCUGGAGCUCAGAGUGCCUUUCCUGGACCACAGAUUCACUGCCUACUACCUGUCCUUACCUGAGGAGAUGAGAGUUCCCAAGGAUGGUGUGGAGAAGUUUCUGCUGAGAAGUGCCUUUGCGGGUGAGAACCUAAUCCCAGACGAUAUUCUGUGGAGACGCAAGGAAGCCUUCAGCGAUGGCAUCACAUCUGUCAAGAAGUCCUGGUACACCAGCCUUCAGGAGCACAUCGAGUCUGAGGUGAAUGACUCGGAUCUAGAGAUGGCUGCAAAGACAUUCCCCUUCAACCCCCCCAAAACCAAAGAGGGCUACUACUUCAGGCAGAUCUUUGAGGAGCUCUACCCUGGGCGCUGCGAGUGGACACCCCACUACUGGAUGCCCCGCUGGAUCAAUGCCACCGACCCCUCCGCCAGAACCCUGUCCAUCUACAAACCCGACAAGGACCAGUAGAACCCAUAUGCCAGAACCCUGUCCAUCUACAAACCAAACAACGACCUGUAGGAACAUUCCACUAGAACCCUGUCCAUCUACAAUUCGGACUUUAGAACCCCUCGCCCAGAACCCUCUCCAUCUGCAAACUAAACAAGGAGUGGUAGAGUCCACUAGAACACCCUUCAUCUACUCACACACCCCGUUCCGUGUUCCGGAUCCCCUUCUUCUGAAUCCCUUCAUCUUGUGAAUCUGGACCUAAGCUGACUGUUAAUUGCACUAUUGUAAAUAUUAUAUGCGCUAUUAAAACCAAGAUGCCUCCAGGAGGUAAGGCAUCACUCCCUUCAAAAACGCAUAGUAAAUGAAUGUAUUAAUAAUAGAAAGAACAUUUGGCCAUUGAGAUCUGUAGAAAACAUAUUCUACAUAGGAAUGUUGUGGUGUCCACUGAAAAAUAAAUAGUUUUUCUGUA